AUGUACAGUAAUCUAGAACAAAUUCAAUCAGGUUCUUUUAGUACAGUCUAUAAAGCAUGGUGUUCAACAUUAAAGAAAUAUGUUGCAUUAAAAGUUAUACCGAAACAAAAAUACACCGAGACAGGUAUAAUGAAUGAAUUUAAAAUAAUGAAAUUAUUAGGUAAAAAACAUCCAAAUAUUUGCUCUAUGAUAGAUUAUUAUGAAGAUGAUAAUAAUUACAUCCUAGUAUUAGAAUACUGUGAAUGUGGUGAUCUAUACGACUUCUUAUCUAUUGUGAAACGUCAAGGUAGUGUUGGUCACCCUGCAUUAAUCCAAUUAGAUUUCAUUAAAAUCAUUCAUCAAAUCAUUUCUGCUUUAACCUAUGCUCAUAACUUAGGUAUUGCUCAUAGAGAUGUUAAACCGGAAAACAUUUUGUUAACAAAGGAAGGUAAUAUCAAAUUGGCUGAUUGGGGUCAUGCUACUUUGGAUAGAGUCUCAAAGGACUUCAAUAUUGGUACUGAUAAUUAUAGAGCUCCUGAAACAUUUGGUUGUCUAAACGGUUACGAUACAAUCAAGUGUGACGCAUGGGGUGUCGGUGUUACUUUAUUCUAUUUAAUGUUCGGUCAAUGUCCAUUUAGAAAUGCCGAGAUUCCAGCUAAUGGUAUGGACCUUUAUGGUUUUGGUUCUUCCUCUUCCUCUUCCUCUUUAUCUUCUUCCUCUUCCUCGUCUUCUAAUAGCCAUAAGAAAGUUGCUAAAUGUGUGAAUUUCCAACAAUAUUUGGUGGAUCCAUAUGGUUUCAUUUACAGAUAUUUUUUGGAACCUAUUGUUUGUGUUCACCAAGGUCGUCCGUACAAUUCAAAUGAAGGUAAACCAUCCUUCUAUGUAUGGCAAGAUAUGGUAAACAUAUAUCAAAUUUUUUAUGUUUGCCGUAUAAUUGUUGAUAAUUUGGCCACCAUUGAUGCCGAUGAUAGAUUCAUGUCAAGUAGUUUGAUAUUAUUUGACAAAGUAUGGAACUAUAACAAUAACUUUAAUCAAGGUGGUGUUGAUCAUGAAAUGAAAGAUUUCAAUGGUGUUACUGAAAAUGCUACUCUUUCAAACGGUAAGAGUAAUAUGACCAAUAAUAACAAUAAUCUAGAAAGAAAACAAAUUAUUGGUAAAUCAUCUUAA